AUGGGAAUAUCCAAGCGCAGCAUGCCAGCGCGGCGGCGGCAGCAGUCCACCGCGACUGAGACUGAGACAUCCGUCGGUAAUAAGAAAACCACCAUUACGACCUCAUUUCUCAUUUCCAAUCUUCACUGUCCCUCGUGUGUCUCGACCAUAAAGGACGUUCUUUUCCAGUGCGAUUCCAGUCAUAUCCGAUGGGUCUCGCCCAACGUGGUCACUUCGGUCGUCACGGUGGAACAUUACGACUCACUUGAAGAGGGAGGAGACCCCCAACCAGACAACGGCAACGGCAACGGCAACGGCAGCUCUUCAGCCGCAUUUUCCAGCACAUCCACAUCCACAUCCGCCGUAUCAUCCUUGAUCAGAGACAUGCACCGCGCCUUGGAAGACAGCGGGUUCGAGGUCAGUGGUGUAACGACGACUGCUACCGUGACUAGUACUGGUAUCAGUCACGAUGAUAAUGACAAGAACUUCCUGGUUCGGGGGGAUCUCGGCAUCGAUCAUGACACUCAGCAGCAGCAGCAGCAGCAAUGUUCCAUUCCUGGCCGACAUCCACAAGAAAGGGCAUCAUCACCUUCUGCCUUCUUCUCAAGAUGGGUCACCAACCUUAACCUCUCCGGGACCGUCCAGCCAUUGCGGUCUCAAAAGCAGGCUGAAGCACAUCUCCAGAACUGCGAGCAGUGUCGCACGUCCACCAACGGCCACGACGUAGCAACAGAAGAGAAGGUAAAAGAAGGAAAGGAAUCAGUCGUUGGCGAACCGAAAUCAUCGGUCUCAGAGGUUAGGGGUAACGCUCUAGAUUUCGCAGCUCGAAACAGAAAGAUGGCAGCAACAUCAACAACAAAGUCCUUGAUCUCGACAGAUACCGCAGUGGAUCUUUCCAGAGGACGACGAACAUCAUCAUCGUCUCAACCACAACCACAACCACCACCGCAAUUGUACAGAGCAACAUUCGCCAUCGGCGGCAUGACCUGCGCUGCCUGCGUCAACACCAUCACCAACGAACUUGACAAAAAGGACUGGAUAGCUCAUGUCUCCGUCAACCUAAUCAACAACAGCGCCGCUAUCGACAUCUAUGACGAAAGCAAAGCGACCGAGCUGGUUGAAACCAUCGAAGACUUGGGCUAUGACGUGAAGCUUGACAAGGUCGUUGCCCUCGACCUUCCAAAGCCAAGGGCACCACCAAAGUCAAAGGCCCCAAAAGCCCCAAAAGCACGUCGUGAAAGCAGCGCAUCAGACACAUGGCGAGCCACUUUGUCCAUUGGCGGCAUGACCUGCGCAUCUUGCGCCAACUCCAUCACCAAGGAGAUGAAGAAGCGGGAGUGGGUGCAGGACAUUACGGUCAAUCUGCUCACCAACAGCGCGACUGUCGACUUCGUCGGCGGUAAACAAAAUGCCGACAAGCUAGUGGGCGAGGUUGAAGAUCUCGGGUUCGAAGCGACGCUCAACGAAGAGACUUUGGUUAACGUCACCAUGCAGGACCAGGACCACGACGACGAGGACCCGGACGGGGAACAGGAACAGGAACAGCAAAGACAGAAAAGAAGAGAAGUCGAGAUCCGGAUCCAAGGCAUGUACUGCGAACACUGUCCGUCACGCGUCUCCACCAGUCUGAUGGCAGGUUUCUUCCGCCGGCCGCAGCUGGACGUGAUCAGCCAACCGAGUCACAAGAGACCGAUUGUCAAGAUAGUCUACGUGCCCGACGCCCCCGAGUUCACGAUCCGACACAUCCUCAGGGCGAUUGAGGCAAGCGACCCGGCUUUUAAAGCGUCCAUCUACCACCCUCCUUCCCUCGAGGAGCAGUCCAAGACCAUCCAGCGGCAGCACCAACUUCAAAUCCUCUGGCGCGUCAUUGGUUCUUUCAUCGUCGCCAUCCCGACUUUCAUCAUCGGCAUCGUCUACAUGACCCUCGUGUCUUCGAGUAACAACUCCCGCAAGUUCUUGAUGAAACCAUGGACAGCCGGCAUCUCGCGCGCGCAAAUAGCGCUCUUGAUCAUGGCCACGCCCGUCUACUUUUUUGCCGCCGACAUCUUCCACAGGCGCGCCUACAAGGAGAUCAGGACGCUGUGGCGACGCAGCAGUCGCGUCCCGCUGCUGCAGCGCUUUUAUCGGUUCGGCAGCAUGAACACGCUCAUGUCGCUGGGGACGACGAUUGCGUACGUCAGCUCCGUUUGCCAGAUGGUUGCGGCUGGAGCGCAGAAGGUGCACAUGGUGGAUGACUCCAACUUUUACUUUGACUCGGUCGUUUUCUUGACCUUCUUCUUGCUGGUCGGACGCCUGAUUGAGUCGUAUAGCAAGUCGAGGACGGGAGACGCGGUGGAGAUGUUGGGAAAACUAAGGCCCACGACGGCAAGUCUGGUGGAUGGGUACGGUACUGCUGCGGAGAAGGAAAGGGAUGAGGUGGUGCAAGCGGAUACGCUUGAUUAUGGUGAUGUCGUGCGCAUUCCACAUGGUGCUUCCCCGCCGGCGGACGGGAUUGUGGUUCGCGGCGAAGGGAACAUGGAUGAGUCGAGCCUGACGGGCGAGUCGAAGCCGGUUAAGAAGGUCGUAGGCGACGAGGUGUAUACGGGCACCAUCAACAAGGACGCGCCGCUUUUGGUCCGGAUCACCGGUGUGGCUGGCAAAUCCAUGUUGGACGAGGUCGUCAAGGCGGUUCGUGAAGGGCAGACCAGACGGGCUCCUAUUGAGCAGGUGGCGGAUAUGCUGACGGCGUAUUUCGUUCCUGUCGUCAUUGCCAUUGCGGUAGCCACUUGGAUAAUUUGGCUCGCUGUUGGAUAUAGUGGUCAUGUGUCAGACGACUUUCUUGGAGACACCAAGGGCGGAUGGGUCGUGUUUGCGCUGCAAUUUGCGAUUUCCGUCUUUGUGGUCGCUUGCCCCUGCGGCCUGGCACUGGCUGCUCCGACGGCCAUCUUUGUUGGCGGUGGCAUCGCGGCGAAACAUGGUAUCUUGGCCAAGGGAGGAGGUGAAGCGUUUGAGAAGGCUAGCAGAGUUGAUUGUGUGGUUUUCGACAAGACUGGCACCUUGACAAUGGGAGGAGAGCCCAAGAUCAUGGACUCAGAAGUUUUCCAUGACGCAGAAGAUGAUGAAGGCAGCAUUGUUUUGGCGGCACUAAAGGCGGUCGAAGAGAACAGCAGUCAUCCGAUAGCGAAAGCCAUCGUGGCCUUUUGUGCAGCAAAGACGUUUGCCAAAUUCCAGGUCGAGGAAUUGCAGGAGAUUGCUGGCAAGGGGAUGAAGGCCAGGUGUCUUGGAGCCGAAUCGCAAGAUGGCUUUGAUCUACUUGUCGGUAACGAAGCCCUUAUGGAGGACUUUUCCGUUACCAUCUCGGAUCAGACUGUCCAGACGCUGCAGAAGUGGAAGAGUGAAGCCAAGUCCGUUGCUUUGGUUGCCAUACGGCGACACCAGGGCAAUGAUCCCAAUGCAUGGAUCCUUUCGGUUGCGUUGUCAAUCUCUGAUCCCAUCCGUCCCGAAGCACCGCUCAUCGUCAAAGCUCUUCAGUCUCGGGGCACUCGCGUGUGGAUGUUGUCCGGUGAUAACCCCGUCACCGCAGCUGCUGUCGCAUACCAACUCGGCAUUCCCGCCGAUCAGGUCAUCGCCGGCGUACUUCCUACGGGGAAGGCUGAUAAGAUCAGGUAUUUGCAGGGGACAGAAAAGGCGCGCGUCGGCAAAGAUAGCGAGUCGAGCACACGUCGCGCGAUGGUGGCCAUGGUCGGAGAUGGCAUCAACGACAGUCCAGCGCUGGCAACGGCAGAUAUCGGCAUCGCCAUUGGGUCUGGAGCGGAUAUCGCCAUCAGCAGCGCGGACUUUGUGCUUAUCAACAGCGACCUGCGCGGGGUGGUGACGCUCCUUGAUCUCUCGGCCACGGUCUUCCGGAGGAUCAAGUUCAACUUUGGGUGGGCGGUGGUGUACAACUGCAUCGCGCUUCCCGUGGCAGCGGGCGCGUUCUACCCCAUUGUGAGCAAGGGAAACCACGUCAAGCUGGAUCCGGUGUGGGCUAGCUUGGCCAUGGCGUUGAGCAGUAUUAGCGUGGUGUUGAGCUCGUUGGCUUUACGGAGCAGAGUGUUUGGGAUUGGAUUCCGGGCGAGGAAGAUUGGAGAGUAG